GUCGUUGUCGCUCAGCGCCCCGAAGGGCAAGGGACUGGGCGCCGCUCACCUCCGGUCCCCGGCCCGAAGGCGUGUGAGAGGGGCCGGAGAGAAAGUUCUGGGGUCGGGAACCGGAGGCUGGUGCCAUGGAGCCGGGCCCCGCCGUGUCCCCUGGGCCUUCUCGCUCCUUCAAGGAGGAGCUGCUCUGUGCCGUCUGCUACGACCCGUUCCGCGACGCUGUGACUCUGCGCUGCGGCCACAACUUCUGCCGCGGGUGCGUGACCCGCUGCUGGGAGGUGCAGGUGGCGCCUACCUGCCCGGUGUGCAAGGACCGUGCGACUCCCGCCGACCUGCGCACUAACCACACCCUCAACAAUCUGGUGGAGAAGCUGCUGCGCGAGGAGGCGGAGGGCGCGCGCUGGACCGGCCACCGCUCCCCGCGCCUCUGCCGCCUGCACCGCGGCCAGUUCAACCUCUUCUGCCUCGAAGACAAGGAGCUGCUGUGUUGCUCCUGCCAGGCCGACCCCCGGCACCAGGGGCACCGCGUACAGCCAGUGAAAGACACUGCGCACGACUUUCGGGCCAAGUGCAGGAACAUGGAGCACGCGCUGCGGGAGAAGGCCAAGGCCUUCUGGGCCAUGCGGCGCUCCUAUGAGGCCAUCUCCAAGCACAAUCAGGUGGAGGCUGCCUGGCUGGAAGGGCGAAUCCGCCAGGAGUUUGAUAAGCUUCGUGAGUUCCUGAGGGUGGAGGAGCAGGCCGUCCUGGACGCCAUGGCCGAGGAGGCGAGGCAGAAGCAGCUCCUGGCCGAGGAGAAGAUGAGGCAGCUCGCGGGGGACACGGAGGCUCUGGCCCAGGAGAUCGAGCGGCUGCAGAUGGAGAUGAAGGAGGAUGAUGUUUCCUUCCUCAUGAAACACAAGAGCCGAAAACGCCGCCUCUUCUGCACCAUGGAGCCAGAGCCCGUGCAGCCUGGCAUGCUCAUUGAUGUCUGCAAGUACCUGGACUCCCUGCAGUACCGGGUCUGGAGGAAGAUGGUCAUGUCUGUUGAAUCUGUGCCCUUCAGCUUCGAUCCCAACACCGCGGCUGGCUGGCUGUCCGUGUCUGACGACCUCACCAGCGUCACCAACCACGGCUACCGGGUCCAGGUGGAGAACCCGGAGCGCUUCUCCUCGGCACCCUGCCUGCUGGGCUCCUGUGCCUUCUCCCAGGGCUCCCACACCUGGGAGGUGGACCUGGGGACGCUGCCCAGCUGGCGGGUGGGCGUGGUGCGCAUGCGCCAGGACGCGGGCGCCGAGGGCCACUCGCACAGCUGCUACCACGACACGCGCUCGGGCUUCUGGUACGUGUGCCGCACGCAGGGCGUGGAGGGGGACCACUGCGUGACCUCGGACCCGGCCACGUCCCCCCUGGUCCCCGCCAUCCCUCGCCGCCUGCGCGUGGAGCUGGAGUGCGAGGAGGGCGAGCUGUCCUUCUACGACGCCGAGCGCCACUGCCAUCUCUACACCUUCCACGCCCGCUUUGGGGAGGUGCGGCCCUACUUCUACUUGGGGGGCACGCGGGCCGACGGGCCGCCCGAGCCCAUGCGCAUCUGCCCACUGCGCAUCACCGUCAAGGAGGAGCUGGACGGCUAAGGCCGCCGGACCUGACCGGGGCCGUGCUCCAUGGCCCCGUUUCCUUCCCGACCUCUUCCUCGAGCCACACGCACCUCGGCCUCUCCGCACCCGCCCUCUUGCCAGGAGCUUCCCACGGACCCGCCCUGCCCUUCCCUGUGGCCCCAGGCCCCCACCACCUCAUCCUUCUGCGCUCGGCCAAAGGUCCUCCAGGAGAUCCUCCCUGGCCAGGCCUCCCCUGAGUGGUGGCGCCUUCAGGAUGUGAAUUUUCUAAAUCCUAAUGCCAUGAUUUCUGGGGAUAACGGUCGCUGCUAGAAUGGGCUUGUUUUUUAUUGUAGUUUUUGUUCUUAUGCCAUGUUGGUGACACCAACAGAUCAGGAGAUAAUUGCCACUGGAAAGAGUGUAUAGUUCCCAGAGGAGGGGCCAUGCCAU